GGAAGUGGGCCAAUCGGGGCGCGGGUCACGGCGCAGGCGCGCUGGGGAGGGAGGGCUAUGCUAAUGUUGUUGAUAUCCUGGGGCCACCCGAGUUAAAGGGGGGAAAUCCGGGGGCUGCCGCAGCCGCCGCCGGUCUGGGCACAGCGGGGGCCCCCCCCGUGUAGUCGCCUUAGUCCCAGGGAGAGGCGCCUGCCCCCAGCUCGGGGAGGGGGCGCCGCGGGCCCGGGGAGCACGGACAACCCCUACCCAUGAGGCCCUGAUGGAAAACACAAAGGAUCUGACCGAACAUUCUUCACGCUCUGAAAGGAAAAGGAGAGACUCAUUCGGGAUGUUUGACGGUUAUGAUAGCUGCAGUGAGGACACGAGUAGCAGCUCCAGCUCUGAGGAGAGUGAAGAAGAAGUUGCUCCUUUACCUUCGAACCUCCCAAUUAUCAAAAACAAUGGACAAGUGUACACGUACCCAGAUGGUAAAUCUGGCAUGGCUACCUGCGAAAUGUGUGGGAUGGUUGGUGUGCGAGAUGCUUUUUACUCCAAAACUAAGCGUUUCUGUAGCGUUUCAUGUUCACGAAGCUAUUCGUCAAACUCCAAGAAGGCAAGCAUUUUGGCCAGACUUCAGGUAACGGGUAAGCCUCCAACAAAGAAAGCGAAAGUUCUUCAGAAACAACCUUUAGUUGCUAAACUAGCCGCAUAUGCUCAGUAUCAAGCUACCUUGCAAAAUCAAGCAAAGACUAAAGCAGCAGUAUCCAUGGAGGGCUUCAGCUGGGGUAACUACAUCAAUAGCAAUAGCUUUAUAGCAGCUCCUGUUACCUGCUUUAAACAUGCACCUAUGGGGACCUGCUGGGGUGAUAUCUCAGAAAAUGUGAGAGUAGAAGUUCCCAAUACAGACUGCAGCCUACCUACCAAAGUCUUCUGGAUUGCUGGAAUUGUAAAAUUAGCAGGUUACAAUGCCCUUUUAAGAUAUGAAGGAUUUGAAAAUGACCCUGGGCUGGACUUCUGGUGCAAUGUCUGUGGCUCUGACAUCCAUCCAGUUGGCUGGUGUGCAGCCAGUGGAAAGCCUCUUGUCCCUCCUAGAACUAUUCAGCAUAAGUAUACAAACUGGAAAGCUUUUCUAGUGAAACGACUUACUGGUGCCAAAACACUUCCUCCCGAUUUCUCACAGAAGGUUUCAGAGAGUAUGCAGUAUCCUUUCAAACCUUGCAUGAGAGUAGAAGUGGUUGACAAGAGGCAUUUGUGUCGCACGCGAGUGGCAGUGGUGGAAAGUGUAAUUGGAGGAAGAUUAAGACUAGUGUAUGAAGAGAGUGAAGAUAGAACAGAUGACUUCUGGUGCCAUAUGCACAGCCCGUUAAUCCAUCAUAUCGGUUGGUCUCGAAGCAUAGGCCAUCGAUUCAAAAGAUCUGAUAUUACAAAGAAACAGGAUGGACAUUUUGAUACACCACCACAUUUAUUUGCUAAGGUAAAAGAAGUAGACCAGAGUGGGGAAUGGUUCAAGGAAGGAAUGAAAUUGGAAGCUAUAGACCCAUUAAAUCUUUCCACAAUAUGUGUCGCGACUAUUAGAAAGGUGCUGGCUGAUGGAUUCCUGAUGAUUGGGAUCGAUGGCUCAGAAGCAGCAGAUGGAUCUGACUGGUUCUGUUAUCAUGCAACCUCCCCUUCUAUUUUCCCUGUUGGUUUCUGUGAAAUUAACAUGAUUGAACUUACUCCACCUAGAGGUUACACAAAACUUCCUUUUAAAUGGUUUGACUACCUCAGGGAAACUGGCUCCAUUGCAGCACCAGUAAAACUAUUUAAUAAGGAUGUUCCAAAUCACGGAUUUCGUGUAGGAAUGAAAUUAGAAGCAGUAGAUCUCAUGGAGCCACGGUUAAUAUGUGUAGCCACAGUAACUCGAAUUAUUCAUCGUCUCUUGAGGAUACACUUUGACGGAUGGGAAGAAGAGUACGAUCAGUGGGUAGACUGUGAGUCCCCUGACCUCUAUCCUGUAGGGUGGUGUCAGUUAACUGGAUAUCAGCUACAGCCUCCGGCUUCACAGUCGUCAAGAGAAAGCCAAUCAGGUUCUUCAAAACAGAAGAAAAAGGCUAAGUCCCAGCAAUACAAAGGACAUAAGAAAAAGAGGAAGAUGCCAGUUGGGAAGAAGCCUGUCAGUUUGUCGAGCCUGCCCAUGACAGGUGGGGUGCGGAGGAGCUUCUCUGGUGACGAAGAGUUGACUCCUCCUCCAUAUCGAACCCUUCCAGCACAGACAGCCCCAGAGGCCUUCCCACCUCCCAGCACUAGCCGAGAGUUCAGUCCCAGCCUCAAAACAGUCCUUGGGAGUCACUUCACUGAAGUUGAAUCAUCAGGGAGGGAUUUUUAUUUUCUUUUAAACCACUUCUUGAGCCUCACAUGAAGGUAAAGCUCAUCGUUUCAGUUGGUGGAAUUGUGAGACAACUUGUACUGUUCCAUGGUUUCAUUAAAAUAGUUGAACAUUUUCCAUUGCAGAAUUCCAUGUGGUGUGACCUGGGGGAGAAGGACACCAUGAGGGAUCAGCCUGAUUAAUCAGACUCAAAGAUGAGGCUUUUCGUCUCUCACUCACUAGGAAGGAUGUGUUUUGUGUUCCUGUGGAAUUUGGGGUCUGGUGGUAACACUGUGACCGCCACUAGUUGAAUAACAUGAACUUGGACCUAAAUUCUUGUAUAAUUUUGGUGUUGAAUUUGAGUAAAAUUUAUUCCCAUAACUUCAUGUUUCUGUAUUUACACCGAUUCAGUAAGUGACAUUUAAUUUGAAUUUAAUUUAUCUGGCCAAGCUAGUACAUUGUAAGGAAAACUGCAGAAGGUUUAGCCCUUCGUAGUUGCUGAGAGCAAAUGUGUUUAUCAUAGAGUGCCUGAGAGGCUUCACUUGCUUGUGAUGAACUUCAGGAGUGAGUCGGGAGAGACGGCUUCGUUGCCUGAGUCCUACAGGCCUUGGCAUGUGUUCUGCUGUAUCCUACCUGUUGCUACUCCGUGGUUUUAUUCAGUCAGCGGUCUUCACAAUGUUUGUGUGUUGGAAACCCUGAUGGGACUUGAUACCUAGCUCUGUUUUCUUCUUCUUCCUCUGUUUGAUAAUGCCUUUAUGUCUGAAGUUUUUUGGGGUUUUGGCUUUUGUGGGGUGUUUUUGGCUGCUUUUUGUGGGUGUGGAUUUUGGUUUUGUUUUAUUUUGUGGGAGGUUGGGGGGGGGGCCUUUUGCCUUUUGUUGUUUAGCUUUUCCUCCCUACCAGUGUAUUGGGUCAUCUUCAUCCUUCCUAGUCUGUCUCUCUGAAGAUCACUCUGAUAUCCUUACAUCUAGAGGAAAUUACUAUGCCUUUUUUGUAUUUAAAAAAAUAGACUAGGACUGCAAACUUAAGUUUAUCUGCUCCUCAGUGGAAAAACGUUCAAAGUCUAAAGAACAUUUCAGUUUCUCUUGUUUGUCUCUCUGACUUUGUUUUUGUACUUGUUAUUUAUGACAUACUCUUCUUUAACAUAAGUCAUUAACUAUAGAUAUUGUGAGCUCUGAAUAUGUUUGAAUUUUUAUUGGGUGUUAGGUGUUUUCUUUAAGCAUUGGACUAACUUGGGUGUGUGUCAGGUUCUGUGAGAGGUUACUGAUUCAUGUAAAAUAGAACUUCUAGGAUUGGCAAGACCCAAGAACUCAGCGUAGACGCGUGGGAUGGAAACCAGGGGGUCUCCUACUUGAUGCCCUUCUUCCACCAGUGUCUGUAGUGCCACCUCAGCUGGGGGCACAUCUCUUGGGACAUGGUGUGAUCUUUCUCUGCUGAAAGUGUGUGGGGACUACAUUCCCUGUCUUAAUUACCUGAAAGCUGUAGUUUGAUUAGCCACUGAGACUUUAUUAUUUCUGGACUAUCCUAGCUAGGAAAAUAUUAUUUCCAUUAGCUUAUCUCUUGAGAUGUUAGUGAGUAGAGCCCACAAAGUGACUUCCUUUUAAAAAAUGGCACUCGGGAGAUGCACUUGCAUGGAAGUUGGCAUCUGGCCACAGGGUCUAUUUUAUUUCAUCCAUCAUUCAUUGAGAAUAAGGCCUGGAAAAGAGAAAUGAUUAGCCUGAAGACACCAGACAGGCUUUAUUUUAGGUUCCAUGAAAACAGUGAAACUUUGCAUGAAAGCAUUCUACAUCUGAGUGAACAGUUUCACCUUUAUCUUAAGUUACUUUAUUUUAAGCACAUUGUUUCCAUAUUUUAACAUGUAUAGAAGCAUAAUCCAGAAAUUCAUUGUUAAUAGUAAAUGCAAAUAGUUUCAGAACUGUUUAGAAUCUCAGCUUACCUUUCUUACAUUUCAAAAAAACAAAAAAAGUAACAUCGGUUUGAAUGGAACGUGUUUGGUCUUGAAGCACCCAAGUUCUUUUUUCAUUCAUGUAGCCAUCUGACCAUCCUAUAAUAAGAUACGGUUUCAACCAACCUUUUAUCGUGGGUACUGCACCUUUAAUGAACUUGGGGUUUUUCUUUCCUAUGUGUUUAUUUUCACAGCAUUGUUCAAAUGUCCUUAACAAUUAAUGUGUGUUGGUUAGAUUUAAAAGAUAACUAGUAUAUACUUGAUACUCUCCAUAAAAGUAUUUUUAAUUUUUUUUUUUUUUUACAAAGAAAAGAACUACAUAGUCUUGUUUGCUUUGAGUUUCAGUUUGAGAUUCGUGUUUGUUUUGUUGUUAUUCUAGGCAUAGUGUAUUCACUUUUCUGUCUUUGGGCUAUGAAGUUUCUUAACACCAUUACCAAAACAAGUACCAAAGUAAAAUGAAAUGAAUUGACAUCUCUCAAAAGAGUAUUAUUUAAAUUAUUGAGUAAGGUGUCAAAGA